CUCAUGUUUCCAUUUUGUGAAUAUUUGAUUGAAUCUUCAUUUUGGAACGUUUUUAAGAUUAUCCUUCCUGAUGAAUGGACUUGAUUGAACAUGCUAAAGGCUUCCACAAGUUGCUUGAAAAGCUAAGCUAUCGCAAUGAGUUCACCUCCAAACGCGUCGAAACACAAAAAAGGUAAAAUAGCUCAAUGUAAGAAGAAAAAUAAAAAAAUGGAGAAAUAUAAAGCAAAGGAAAUAGAUGAGACCGAUGCCAAUGAUUCAGGCCAUGAUACUGUUUCGACUACAAUUACAACAAUUAACACAAGUCCAGUCGAUAUGAUGACAUCCAAGGAUUUUCAAUUUGAUGUGGCGGCCCACAUCGAAAUGAUACAUCAACAACUUAAGGAUACAGUUAGAGUGCAAAAAUUUAAGGAGGCCAUUUUGUAUAAUAAACACUUGUUCAAGAAUAAGUCUGUUCUCCACCUAAAUUGUGGAGUGGGCAUAUUCUCAUUAUUUGCCGCCAAAGCAGGCGCCAGUAAGGUGUACGCCAUCGAUCGUUCAAAUGUGAUAUGCUAUGCAAGACAAAUUGUAGCCGCAAAUGGUUAUGGAAAUGUCAUAGAAGUAUUUAAGGGUAACAUUGAAGACAUUGAUUUGCCGGAGAAAGAAGUCGAUAUAAUUUUAUGUGAUUGGAUGGGCUAUGCCUUGCUAUUUCAGUCGACCUGUGAUGCUGUCAUUUAUGCCCGUGAUAAGUGGCUAAAAGCCAAUGGUUUAAUAUUUCCCGAUCAGGCAAAACUUUUUAUGGUUGCUGUGGAAGAUCAAAAACAUAAAAAUGAAAACAUUGAAUGGUGGAAUGGUGUCUAUGGAUUUAAUAUGAAAUGUUUGCGAAAUGUUGCUCUGAAGGAGCCACGUUACAAGCUUAUAAAAGUGGAGCAAAUUCUCAGUAAACAAUGUCCUAUAAAGGCAAUAGAUUUGUAUUCAGCCACCAAGGAUGAUUUGAAAUUUCGCAGUAAAUACAUGCUUCCCAUGCAAAGAGCUGGUCAAUUGGAUGGUUUCGCAUUGUAUUUUCAUGUAUACUUUACAAAAUCUCAUACACCGCUUGGUUUUAGUACGGAUCCCUGGUCGGCUGGCACAAAUUGGAUGCAAACUCUGCUCUUCUUAGAUAAAUCGGUUGGCGUUAAGGCCAACUCAGUCUAUUAUGGGGGAAUUGAAAUGUUAUCUCAAAAAACUCCAUUAGAUCUGAAUGAUAUGGUCAUCAACUUGGAAUUGUUAACAGGCGAUCCGUCAUUUCCAGAAGUCGAUAUAGAAAUGAGCUGGAACUUGAGACCAGCUGUUAUGCCAGUUGAAUCAUUGCAUUUUAACGACAAUAAUGACAUCCGAAAAGAAACAGAUAAAUUCAAUGAUGAUCAGUCAUCUGCCGUACAGAAGAUUUCGAAUUGUGAUGCGAAUCGUGAUUCUCAAAUUACUGUAAAAUCUUUCAAAGCAUCUGAAGCACGUGUUAAAUCACAAAAACAAAAAUUCAUUGCAACCAAAAUAAUGCCAAAUGAGGGAAUAUUUUUGGCUUCCCAAACAUUCACAAUUGGUGAAAAUAUUUAUGUGUGCCGGAAGAAUCGGCGCAACAAAAACAAACACAACAAAAAAGGCUGACUAAUUUAUAUGAUUUUUUUACAUUCCAUUUUUUUCAAUUGGAGUUUAUUUAAAAAGAAUUAAAUGUAUAUUUAGCUAUAAGCUAUGUUUUAACAAUGAAUUUAUGUGAAAAAAUCAAUUUGAGACAAUUAUUUACGUAUGAUUAAUACUUAAAAUUUGAUCAAAAUUAUAUUUUCAAUUAUUAUUUUAAUUAUUUUACGAAUUUACAUGAAUUACUAUAAAAACCUAUUGUUUAGUUCAUAUGUACUUGUAUACAAAUUGUAAACUUUCUCAAUGUACAAACUAUGAUAUUUAUGAACACGAAGUUUCUAUGUCAUUAAAGAUAAAACAAAAAAAUGAAGUGUUGUAGUAAAUAAAAAAUAAAAGACAAAAUCGUAUAGCAUUUGUAUAAAUAUAACUGCGAAUUGUUUGAUACAAUUAAUAAAAAUUUUUGAUAAUUAAAAUAA